AUGGCGACAAACGACGGACAUCCUCAAUCAGAAUACCAGAAAAAACAUUAUGUACCUCUAGAAUCUGACCCCGACGUGUUCACCAAUCUCAUUCACAACUUGGGUGCCUCCCGGUCGCUCGGAUUUGUGGACGUCCUUUCGCUCACCGAUCCCGACCUGCUUGCUUUCGUCCCCCGCCCCGUCCUUGCCCUUAUACUCGUUUUCCCGGACUUUGGAGACUAUGCUGUGAGAUAUGCGAAGGAUCAGGCUAAUAUACUGGAAUAUGAGGGAUGUGGAGAAGGAGAGGAGGUGGUCUGGUUCCAGCAGACGAUCGGCAACGCCUGCGGGCUCUAUGCGAUCCUACAUGCAGUAUGCAACGGAAAGGCACGAGGCGAUAUCGAUGUGCAUCCAUUCCCCAGCUACCGAUCAUACCAUCUCAUGCACCUUCCAGAGCCCGACUCGCCUCUAGCACGAUUGCUACAGCAAGUCAUCCCUCUUCCUCCCACUGCUCGCGCCCGCGCCCUAGAGUCUUCCACCGAGCUCGAAGCCGCCCACCGAGCUGCAGCACUACAAGGCCAAACCGCGCCUCCUGAUGCAGAAGACGAGGUAGAUCACCACUACAUCUGUUUUGUGCGCUCGGCGAAGAACGGACAUCUGUAUCAGAUGGAUGGGAUGCUCAAGGGGCCCGUUGAUCUCGGGCAGGCGGGAGUGGGAGACCUGAUGAGCGAAGAGGUGAGGAGGGUUGUGGGCCAGUUUCUGGAGACGGGGGAGGACGGGGUUGUGGGGUUUAGCUUGCUGGCACUGGUGGAGAACCAGGAAUGA